AUGCCUCGAUCACCAAGACAAGAAGCAAAUAAACGAAAGAAGAAAUAUGAUUAUUCACCAUCUGAUGAUGAAAGAAAAUCAUCACGUAAUUAUAAAAGUAUAAAACAUUCUGAAACUUCGCAUUCAGAUGAUGACGAUAAUCCUAAUCGUGGACCACCAUCACGAAAUGGACGAAGUGAAAUAAAAUCAUUUUAUAAAGAACCAUCAGAAGCUCGUAUACCUGAACGUCAUUGGCGUAUAUCAGUUUCUAAAGAUGGUGAAGAUUUACCAACAUAUCGUGUUUAUCGUCAAUCAAAAUAUAUAUUUGGACGUGAUAAAGAUCAAUGUGAUAUACGUUUACAUCAUCCAUCAUGUUCAAACAUUCACGCUGUUUUACAAUAUCGUCUUCGUGGUGAUUCUCAUGGUCGUCAUAUUUAUCCAUAUCUAAUCGAUUUAGGAUCAUCACAUGGAACAUAUAUUAAUCGACGUCGUAUUGAUAGUAAUCGUUAUUAUAAAUUAGAAGAAAAUGAUGUUAUACAAUUCGGUGAAAGUUCAAAAGAAUUUAUUCUUAUUGAUUCAGAUUCAUCGAAUAAGCAUAAUAAUGAUUCAAAACGAUCAAAUCAACAUAAAAAUCAUGAUAAUAAAGCAAAAUCAAGUGAUGAAGAUGAAAAUGAUAUUGAAAUUCCUGAUGAAGAAACUGAAGAAGAAAUAAUUCGUCGUCAACGACUUCGACGUGAACAGUUAAAACAAAAAUUAAUUGAAAAAAAUCUCAUUGAUGAUUCCUCAAUGGAUAGUGAUGCAAUGCAAGGUCAACAACAAGAAGCAACUCCAACACCACCACCAUCAAUAGUAACACACACAAAUAAUGAUGAUGAAGAUGAACAAGCAGCAUAUCUUAAUCAUUGUAUUGAAAAAGAAACUAUUGAUUUUGAAAAAGUAGCACAAGAUAAACGGAAUGCAACAGUAGAUGAUGAACCAAUAUCAGGUAAAGAUGCGAAUUCUCCAUCGAUUACAAAUCAAUUACGAAAUGAAGAAUUAGAAAGGCGAAAAGCUGUUGCAAGUAAUUAUGAUAUGUUUGCUGCUGAUGAUGAUUUUCUAGAUACAAAUAGUCCCGGUGCAUGGCGUCGUAAAGGUCAGGUAAAAGAAAGUGAAAAUCCACAUUUAAAUGAUAAUUGGGAUGAUUCAGAAGGAUAUUAUCGUGUACAUAUUGGAGAAAUAUUAAAUAAUCGUUUUGAAAUUUUUGGAUUUACUGGUCAAGGUGUUUUUUCAAAUGUGGUUCGCGCACGAGAAGAAUCAAAUGGAAAGAGUACAGAAGUUGCUAUUAAAAUCAUUCGUAAUAAUGAACUUAUGAAUAAAACUGGUUGGAAAGAAUUAGAAUUCUUACGUAAAUUAAAUGAGCAUGAUUCUGAUGAUCGUUAUCAUUGUUUACGAUUAUUACAUCAUUUUACACAUCGAAAUCAUUUAUGUCUUGUAUUUGAACCACUUAGUAUGAAUUUACGUGAAGUACUUAAAAAAUAUGGUAAAGAUAUUGGUUUAAGUAUAAAAGCUGUUCGUUCCUAUACUCAACAAUUAAUGUUAGCUCUUAAACAUUUAAAAAAAUGUAAUAUUUUACAUGCAGAUAUUAAACCUGAUAAUAUCUUAGUUAAUGAAACAAAAUUAUAUUUAAAAUUAUGUGAUUUUGGUUCAGCAUCAUUAGCAUCCGAUUGUGAAAUAACACCAUAUUUAGUUAGUCGAUUUUAUCGUGCACCAGAAAUUAUUCUUGGUAUGCAAUAUGAUUUUUCAAUUGAUCUUUGGUCAGUUGCUGUAACUAUCUAUGAAUUAUAUACUGGUCGAGUUAUGUUUCCGGGUAAAUCUAAUAAUGAAAUGUUAAAAUUAAUGAUGGAUCUUAAAGGAAAAAUUCCAAAUCGAAUUAUACGAAAAGGAAUGUUAAAAGAUAAACAUUUUGAUCGUGAUUGUAAUUUUCUUUAUCAUGAAAUUGAUAAAGUAACAGAACGAGAUAAAAUAACAACAGUAACAAAUAUCAAUCCAUGUCGUGAUUUAUUAUCACUAUUAGUUGGUCAUCAACGUUUACCAGAAGAUCAAAUGAAAAAAGUUUUACAACUUCGAGAUUUAUUAGAUAAAAUACUUAUAUUUGAUCCACAAAAACGUUUAAAUAUAAAACAAUCAUUUGAACAUCCAUUUAUUCAAGAACGACAGUGA